GAGUGAGCAGCUGACUGCGUGCUCCCGUUGCAGACGUGUUAUAGCCCAUAUGUCGGGAGUGGCUGCUGGUGCAGGGGUCACUAAGGAUGGACCCACUUUUCCCGCUCUUUUGAAACCAUUCUUGCCGUCACAUUUCAGUUCAGUUACCGAAAACCAGGCUAUUGCAAAACCCGCCGAAUAUAUUGGAUCAUUCAUGGUCGCAGGUAAAGGGCACCACGACCGCGCUGAAAUCGUGAGACAAAAGUUAGAGUCCGCGAGAAAAUAUACACAAAGCCGGCCUAUUGUUCUUCUGAUUUCCCUAAACGGCAUCAAAGUUUGUCGGGAUGAUGAUCAGCAUGUUUAUAUGGCCCACGCACUACGGCGGAUUUCGUACGCUACCUGUGACCCCGAAAACUUUCAAUUUGCUUUCUUAGCCAGAGAACCAAAAUCGGAGCCGAAUGUACAAUAUUGUCAUGCUUUUGUUACCAACACCGCGGAGGAGGCUGAAGAGCUUAACAACAUCGUCGGCGAGGCGUUCCGGAUGGCUUACGCACAGCAGCAAAUGGCUCUUUUGUCUCGCCAAUUGCAGCACACAUCCAUCUCCCCACAACCCGCUCCGUGUCAAUCGGCUACGUCUGCGCCGCUCGCCAGCACAGGUCACGAUCCGUCACAGCCUUGUCCGGUGCCAAACGGUGUCCUUGUCCCAGCACCAGAGACUGAAUCGGUCAGUCAGAUUAGCCCUCUUCGUUGUGGGGGCACGGUGAUGCCGACAAUCAACACGAAUCAGUCAGGUGUACCGCAAAAACCACUUCCUGCCAUUCCGACCACCCAGCCAGUUGCUAUGCCGCCGGAACCUGCUCCUUUGACGAACCCGUCAACACACGCUGCGGAAUAUACUCCCCGAGGUCACAAAUUGCAUAAGUGA